AUGGCACCCUCAGCCACCUACCCCAUCACCAGCACCCACUCGGGCGCCGACCUCGAAGCCAUCUCCGACGCCGUCGACGAGAUCAACGUCCUCAAGUUCAAAGCCGCCCAACAAGUCACUGAACUCCUCGACUCCGACUGUUAUUCCUCCUCAUCUCCCACCUCCACAGCCGCCACCUCUCCCUCCGCUACUCACCACGACCAAGCCCAAGACCAUGAAGACCUCGGCGACUUUGACACCCCUUCGCACUUCGACUCCACAAAAGACCACUCCCGCUUCCGGCAAUACACCACCGCCGAGUCCCGCGUGCUCAACUUCUACGCCGAGCAACACGCCAAGCAAACCGUCUCUCACAACGUCGCUGCUCGCGCGCGCUUCAACAGUCCCGACCGCAAGAGGCCGGAGAUGACCAUCUGGGAGGCUAUCGAGUGUCUGAACUCUCUCAUUGACGAGUCCGACCCUGAUACCGAGCUAAGCCAGAUCCAGCAUCUUCUGCAAUCCGCCGAGGCGAUCAGACGCGAUGGCAAGCCACGGUGGAUGCAGUUGGUCGGGUUGGUUCACGAUCUGGGGAAGUUGAUGCUUUUCUUUGAGCUGGCGACAGGACAAUGGGACGUUGUUGGCGACUCGUUUCCCGUUGGCUGUCGGUUCUCUGAGAAGUGUAUCUUGCCUGAGAGCUUCGCUGUAAACCCUGAUUCGACACAUCCGGUGUACAGCACCGAGCACGGGAUUUAUGCUCCGGGGUGCGGAAUCGAGAAUCUGAUGAUGAGCUGGGGCCAUGACGAAUACUUGUAUCAGGUCCUGAAAGACCAGAGCUUGUUGCCGCGGGAGGGGCUGGCGAUGAUCCGCUUCCAUAGCUUCUACCCGUGGCAUCGCGAGGAGGCGUACGGGUGGGCGAUGAAGGAGGGCGAUGGAGAGCUGAGGAGGGCGGUGAGGGCUUUUAAUCCGUAUGAUCUCUACUCGAAGAGCGAUGAGCCGGUUGAUGUUGAGGCUGUUAAGCCUUACUACACCGAGUUGAUCAACGAGUUCUUCCCGCAAAAGGUCAUCAAGUGGUAG